AUGAGCUGCUUCGAUACAUUACGGAAGGAGCAAGCUAAUCUAGAGCAUCUAUUAAGAACAAUUCCAUUUAAUGAUAAUUGUAGUGUUGAUUCAAAGCAUUUUUUAAAUAUUUAUCAAUUAACUCAUGAUGACAUGCUAAAAUUAAAUGAAACCGAUGUUAAAUUUCCUAUGGAUUCUAAUAAACUACUUAAGCUAGGUAUAUCUUUAGGAAACUUGAUAAAAUCUUUGCAACAUGAUGAGGAAUUAUAUAUGCAACAAAAGCAGCAACAACAACAGAGGUUAAUCAUGAAUAGUUUGGAUCCCAAAGCACGCAAAAUUAAUGCAAACCCUCGCCAUAAUGAACCCUACAAUCCAUUUAAAGAACAGAGUUUUAAUGACUUAUCAAUUAUGAAUGAAACAACCCAACCAGUAUAUCAGAUAAGAUUUAUCAGGAAUUUGUUAAGUAUACUCAAGAAUUUUGAUAUUGGUAAUUAUUCUGUAAGUCAAAAACUACAAGAGGUAUCAAAUAAUUCAACCUCGAAUCAAUAUGAUGUUUCUACCUCACCUAUAAAGUUAAAUUCCAAUCAAUUGUUGAUUGAAAAAUUGGAGAUUAACAUUAAUCUAGAUACAUUAUUCAUAUACAAAAUAAUUAUUCAGCUAAUUCUAAAUAUUUACGUUAAUAUUGAAAGACAUUUACUUCACAUUCGGGAAACCAGUUCUAAUAAUGAAGAGAUACCUAGCAACUCAUUGAAGGCAAAUUCACCUGUACGCUCGGCCAACUCAGGGGCCCCAGUCGAUGAAUAUCAUAAAUUAUUGAAACAAGCCAUUAACAAGAUAUCUAACGGGUUAAUUGAUCCAUUCACAAGAUUAAUUAUCAAUCGGAUUGUACUGCCAUCAAUUAAUGGUCAAGUGAAUAGUUUUUUGAAUAGUUUAGCCUAG